CUGCGAAGGACAAAGGCAUCUCUUCCCCUCCCAGCUGACACAAACGAUCAACUCGAACAUCAAUCGUCUCCAUAACUGUCACCUAAUUCUUUACAAGUCUUCUUCCUCACUAUGAAGCUCACCCUCACACUUGUGGCCACCGUGCUACCUCUUGCCGCUGUCGCCGGGCCGGUCGUGUCACGCACCAAUGUCAACGGCUGCAAACCACUGGGCUGUUACACCGAUUCUGCCUCAUUCCGCGCCCUCGACAUCAACACCCAAGUCCCUGGCGGCCCUAGUGGUCAGAGCCCCGAGGCUUGCACGGCAGCUUGUAUCGCCCACGACCUCGCCUUCGCCGGUGUUGAGAAUGGGGGCGAGUGCUGGUGCGGCGCGUUUAUCAACAAUGGACAGACCCUUGCCUCGAACCAGGCUCUAUGCAGCACACCAUGCUCCGGGGCCCCAGGCGAGAUCUGUGGCGGAGCUGGCGGCAUUAACAUUUACGACUGCACAGCGGCCUUGCCAGCCCCAGUGAGCUACAAUGGCUGUGCUCCUCUCGGCUGCUACACCGACAGCGUCUCCCAUCGCACCCUGGCCACCAACACCCAGGUCGUAGGCGGUCCAAACAACCAAGGUCCUGAUGUCUGCACGGCGGCCUGCAAAGCAGCUGGCUUCAGAUACGCGGGUAACGAGUACGGCGGCGAGUGCUGGUGCGGCAACAGCCUUGACAACAACGGUGGACCAGCUCCGGAUCUGAACGAACAGUGCCAGAUGCCCUGCCACGGCGACUCCAGCCUCAUGUGCGGUGGCCCCGAUCGUCUGACCCUCUUUGACUGCAGCCCGCCCGCUCCACCUACCAGCUGCGGCACUCCAGGUAUAUGCGGCACCUUUGUCUUGGUCGCAGAUGCCUCGUGUGGCGAGUUUCAAGAAUGCAUGUGCGCUUUUGAUGCUGAUGGAAGCGCCGUCUGUGUAGAGAACGCGUGGUGUUCUAAUACUGCCUGCACCUCAGAUUCCGAUUGUGCUGGAGGUGGAGUCUGCUGGGUCAAGAGUUGCUGCGGCCAAGGCAUCUGCACCGUCCCAUCUACCAUUUGCGCCAACCCAGCACGCGUGAUGUUCCGUAGCGUGCCAAAUUCCGAGAGGAGCGAGUGCACCGGUGCCUAUUGCGACUAAGGUGAAAUAAGCGUGUUACAAUGGGAUCCUGCGUCCCUCUAUUAGUUACAAUAGGUCUAAAUAGCUUAAAUAGUUUAAAUAUACUUGGUUGUCUGUU